GUCACUCUUGAUACCUCCAAAGAAAAAGAAAACAGAAGCUCAUAGCUUCCCCCAAACCCUCCCAGCACUCUCUCUUUUCUGUAUACAAUAAUAAUAUCACACAUACAUACUCUCAUCCAUCUGGAUUGCCUCUCUGAUAUCAUCGCCUUCACAAGAUAUAUAUACUAAAUUUCAUAAGAAAAACCAAACAAAAAUAUGGCACAUUUGCUUUCAACCUCUUGUGCUUUAAAUAACUCCUCCAGCAGCAAGCUUUCAUCCAAACAACCAUACCAAGGCUCAGCAGUAUUUCCAUCAUCUGUUACUUUAAGAACUUCUAAGUCCCAAACUAAAAAGCUUGUCUUGCAAGGAAAGAGGUCCCAGAGACUUUGUACUGUCCAUGCAACAACACUUUCUGCAAGUCAAGAAGCCAAGACCAAAUCGACCUCUGGUUCCCAUCAAACCUCUGAUGAACCAUCAAAGCCAAAGCGGGUCAUGGUCAUUGGUGGGGAUGGUUACUGUGGUUGGGCUACUGCCCUCCACCUAUCCAACAAAAAUUAUGAAGUUGCCAUUGUUGACAGCCUUGUCCGUCGUCUUUUUGACCAUCAGCUAGGUCUGGACUCUCUGACUCCCAUCUCCUCUAUCCAUAAUCGCAUCCGUCGUUGGAAAUCUGUCACAGGAAAAUCCAUUCAACUCCACAUUGGUGACAUCUGUGAUUUCGAGUUUUUGUCAGAAACUUUCAAGUCAUUUGAACCUGAUGCGGUCAUCCACUUUGGAGAACAGCGAUCUGCUCCCUACUCAAUGAUCGAUAGGUCAAGAGCCGUGUUCACACAGAAUAACAACGUGAUUGGAACGCUCAAUGUUCUGUUUGCCAUUAAGGAGUUCAGAGAGGAGUGUCAUCUGGUGAAACUUGGUACCAUGGGAGAAUAUGGAACCCCCAACAUAGAUAUCGAGGAGGGUUACAUUACAAUUACUCACAAUGGUAGAACAGAUACUUUGCCUUAUCCCAAGCAAGCAAGCUCUUUCUACCAUCUGAGUAAGGUACAUGAUUCAAAUAAUAUAGCGUUUACUUGCAAGGCUUGGGGGAUCAGAGCCACCGAUCUGAAUCAAGGUGUUGUCUAUGGGCUGAGGACGGAUGAGACGGAGAUGCAUGAAGAGCUCUUCAAUAGAUUUGAUUAUGAUGGAGUAUUUGGAACUGCAUUGAAUAGGUUUUGUGUUCAAGCCGCUGUGGGUCAUCCACUUACUGUUUACGGCAAAGGGGGUCAGACCAGAGGAUACCUAGACAUACGAGACACGGUUCAGUGCGUUGAGCUAGCCAUUGCAAACCCAGCACAGCGUGGAGAGUUUCGGGUCUUCAAUCAAUUCACGGAGCAGUUUUCUGUCAAUGAACUAGCAGCACUUGUCACAAAAGCCGGAGAGAAGCUUGGGCUUGAUGUGCAAACCAUAUCCGUGCCAAACCCAAGAGUAGAGGCAGAGGAACAUUACUACAAUGCCAAGCACACUAAACUCAUUGAACUGGGACUCAAACCACACCUUCUUUCGGACUCUCUUCUUGACUCGGUGCUCAACUUUGCCAUCAAGUUUAAGGACCGUGUUGAUACAAAACAGAUAAUGCCCAGUGUUUCUUGGAGAAAAAUUGGCGCGAAGCCAAAGACUGUUGCAGCUUAGGCGAAUAGAAAAUAUCAAAGUGAGGGCUGUUGUCUUUUUGGUUUUAUAUUUCUGAUAUGCAGCGUUGUAUCUAUGGAAACUUAAUAAUCGUUGAGGACCAAGUUGUGUCUUGAUAAGGUGCUCCAUUAUAGAAGUAGAAAUUCUAUCUUGGGGGUCCUCAAUUUUAGAUGUAGUAGUUGAAAUGUGUACUCCUUACAACCCUUGCUUUGGCAAUGUAAUAUAUAGCCCGUUAAGAUGAAUUUGAUGGACAGUGAACUCUCUCAAUCUUUCAUCUUCCAAAUCAUUUUAUUGACUCCAUUGUGCUUUGUUGGAUUCAAUUCGGUCGUUACUCCAAGGGAUAAAUGAAGAUGAGCUAGGUGUUAUAUUGGA